UGAGGGAAGAUUAAAUCUGAUGCGUGGUCAACGUCAACUGAAGUAGAAAGAGUGAUAGACCCUUAUGUUAAUGACACGUGUUGAUGAUUAUGGAGAUGGAACGUCGUUGUUGUAUUGCACUCUGACUCAUACUCUUGUCUCCUUUCCAAUUUUCCAUUCUCCUCCUACUCUAACGAUCACAAUUUCACAAACCUCAAACUCCUUUCACUCUGAGAAAUUCCCCAUAUACCCUUGAGAUGGCGGAGAAGUACAACAUGAAGAACCCCGCCGUCAAGCGCAUUCUCCAAGAGGUCAAGGAGAUGCAGUCCAAUCCUUCCGAUGAUUUCACGAGUCUCCCUCUCGAGGAAAAUAUAUUUGAAUGGCAAUUUGCAAUUAGAGGGCCUCGUGAUACUGAAUUUGAGGGUGCUGUCUAUCAUGGACGGAUCCAAUUGCCUUCAGAGUAUCCAUUCAAACCACCUUCAUUUAUGUUAUUGACGCCUAAUGGUCGUUUCGAGACCCAAACAAAGAUUUGCUUGAGCAUAUCAAAUCAUCACCCUGAGCAUUGGCAACCAUCAUGGAGUGUAAGGACCGCUUUAGUUGCUCUGAUUGCAUUCAUGCCUACCAACCCUAAUGGUGCUUUGGGCUCGUUGGACUACAAGAAGGAAGAAAGGCGUACCUUGGCCAUCAAAUCUCGUGAAGCGCCUCCGAAAUUUGGGACUCCUGAACGUCAAAAACUGAUUGAUGAGAUACACGAGUAUAUGCUAAGCAAGGCACCCCCUGUUCCUCAACAUAGCUCCAUACAACUACUUGAAGAAGAGCAUUCCAGAGACGAGGAGGCUGAGUCCCAGGCAAAUUCCCAUAAUCCUGAGGCUUUACCUGCUGAAGAGGGGAUUCCAGAUCAAGCAGGAGAUAGAAUUGUUGAAGAGGAGGUAGUUGUUGAUGAUAAUCCUCAAGGAGUUGAACCUUCAACGGAGAUCCAAUCCAGUGUUUCAAGGAACCAGUCGCCCCAUAAUUCUGGUUUAAGGGUUCAAAAUCUGAAGCCGGAGACUAGGAUACAGCAAAAGCUUGAUGAUCAUAUUUUCACAUUGAUAGCCAUUGGACUUGCCAUUGCAAUUGUGGCCCUUUUGCUGAAGAAGUUCGUUAAAU